AUGGGCGACCUCUAUGCGUCAUGCCCCCUCGAUCGGACGCGCAGAGAGAUCAGACUGCUCACCCUCGAGCCCAACAAUGACGAAGAUAUCACGAGAUGCAGCCUCCAGACCUACAGCCCAGAAAACUGUCCAUCGUAUACUGCUCUGUCUUACACCUGGGGUGCCGAUGUAAUGCACACCAAUAUCGAGAUCAAUGGCGUCAGUGUCCCGAUUCGCGAGAAUCUAUGGGACUUCGUACAUCAGCAACUACUCCAUGGAAAUUACGGACCCUUCUGGAUUGACGCAAUCUGUAUACAGCAGUCGGAGGUCGACGAGCGUAAUCACCAAGUUCGAUUGAUGAGUUCCAUAUAUUCAGAAGCUGGCAGAGUUUUGAUCUGGCUCGGUAAAGAGGGCGAUGAUAGCGACAUUGCCAUGCAGAUCUUGGAGGACGGAGACCUGAUCGACUGGACUAAACAGCUGAAUUUGGAUACCGACGAGAGUGACGAGAGUGACGAGAUUGACGACAGUGACGAGGACCGUAACUGGCCUCGUCCAACCCGGAGAGUACCUAGGUUCAAGAGGUUCUUAACCUCAACAGAGGAUCGCAGCAUUACAGCACUAUGUAACAGAAGAUAUUGGUCCCGAAUGUGGAUCAUACAGGAAGUCAUGCUUGCGGACUACCUGGAGAUACAUUGUGGCUCAAAGAUUGUCUCGUUAUCUAGUCUUGUGCUAUCGCUCGAGGACCUCGCAAGUGCGGUCAGACAUUUGGAACUUAUGGAUCCUUCUUUUUCUCACGAUAAGACUUACAUGUCUCACCUUGACGAAAUCCUCGCCAGUCCUGCUAUGGACAUCGCUAUGAUACGGGGUCAAUCCACACCACGGGUCGCAGAAUAUGGCCAGUCUAUCAAAAUCGACUAUCGCAAGUCAGCAAAAGACGUUCUUAUCGACCUCCUGUACCACGGAGGCAAUCGGAUUAAACACAGAAAAACUAUUUUCAAGCAUCAAAGAUGGGAGGGUGAUGAGCUGUUCAAAUUUGCGCAGCUAUUGAGCAGAGUUUUGGACGUGCCUCUUUCUGAGACUGAGAUACAGUUCCACGUUAGCCAGAGCGAGAGCGUAGCGAUGUUUCGGGACUGGGAAGAAUGGAAUUAA